CAUCGCACUAAUAAUAAUCGCGAAAAUGGUUUAUCUAUCGCCUAGUCAACAUGGCGAUUGCCUCAAAUGCUAUCUCGCCACUCCAUUCACAGAUGACGAGCUGAAAGCCUUCAAGGCAGCUUUUGAGCUGGGCGCAUGCUCCAAAUUCGCUCCUCUCAUGCAGCUCAAGAUUCUCCACGCACCAAAAGAUUAUCUAGGCAAAUCGCAUCAAUACAUUCGCGCAAAAGAAACUGAAGCCGGAAACAAAGAUCCACUUAUCGUCGUUGAUGAUGAAGCCAACAGCAGAGGCGCAGUCUGGUACAUUGACCAGUUCGCUGAAGAAGACCAAGUCGAAGACGGGGAGGCUGAGAGCACAGAUGUUGUUUUCAAGAUCUUCACUCAGACGGAGGCUUUGGCUGUCUCUCACAUAAACUACGCCAUCGCCAAUUCGAGCAUUGGUGAAGAUCUUGACAAUUGCACGGUGGAUCUACCCCUCACCAACGACUUUCAUCAAUCCGAGUUGAAUGACUGCGGUGGCUUGGACUUUGAACAGCAGCAAUGGGAGCAAGAUGCUUGGGUUAUUGCUGAACCUGGAGAAUUUGAAGAGAGCAACAAUCCUGAGCUGUUGAAUAAUUUCUCCCUCCUCCGGAGAAGGUGGCUAGGCUGAAGGACGAUGUUGCCGAGUCAAUUGGGUUGGUCAGCUCUUGGACAAUUCCAAGCAACGCAGAGCCUAUUGAUCUUGAAGACGGAACUAAGAAAGAGUUCC